AGAAGACAAGCGUGUAGACACGGAAGUCGAACUCAGUUUCCCUACAACCUCCGCGGGCGCGCAGCUUAUUGGCUGGGCGCGGCGGAUCUGGUGCUUCUCUCCCCCCGCCUCUCUGUGACACAAUAGCGGCUCCCUCCAAGAUGGCGGCAGCGGCGGCGGAUCCGGGAGCUGGGAGCCCCCCAGCUGGCGAGUCUUGUGGCGGGGGCGGUAGCGGCGCUGGCGGGCUCCCCUCUCCCGGGGAGCAGGAGCUGACCCGACGCCUGCAGCGCCUUUACCCGGCUGUCAACCAGCACGAGACGCCGCUGCCCCGCUCCUGGAGCCCCAAGGACAAGUACAACUACAUCGGCCUCUCCCAGAGCAACCUCCGCGUCCACUACAAAGGUCAUGGCAAAAAUCACAAAGAUGCUGCAUCAGUUCGUGCAACUCAUCCCAUACCUGCUGCCUGUGGCAUUUAUUACUUUGAAGUGAAAAUUGUCAGUAAAGGUAGAGAUGGGUACAUGGGAAUAGGACUCUCUGCCCAAGGUGUCAACAUGAACAGACUGCCUGGUUGGGACAAGCAUUCAUAUGGUUAUCAUGGUGAUGAUGGACAUUCAUUCUGUUCUUCUGGAACUGGACAACCAUAUGGCCCCACCUUUACUACUGGAGAUGUGAUUGGCUGCUGCGUCAAUCUCAUCAACAACACUUGCUUCUAUACAAAGAAUGGACACAGCCUAGGUAUAGCUUUUACAGACCUCCCGGCAAACUUAUACCCCACAGUAGGCUUGCAGACUCCUGGAGAGAUCGUAGACGCCAACUUUGGGCAGCAACCCUUUGUGUUUGACAUUGAGGACUACAUGAGGGAAUGGAGAGCAAAGAUUCAGGGAACCAUUAAGCGUUUUCCCAUUGGUGACAGACUCGGGGAGUGGCAAGCCAUGCUACAGAACAUGGUCUCUUCCUACCUAGUGCAUCAUGGGUAUUGUGCUACUGCCACAGCUUUUGCCCGUAUGACAGAAACCACGAUUCAGGAAGAACAGACUUCCAUCAAGAACAGACAAAGAAUACAAAAGCUCAUGCUGGCAGGCCGAGUGGGAGAGGCCAUAGAGGCCACCCAGCAGCUCUAUCCUGGUCUCCUGGAGCACAACCCCAACCUGCUCUUCAUGUUGAAGUGCCGGCAAUUUGUGGAGAUGGUGAAUGGAACAGACAGUGAGGUUCGUUGUUUUAGUGCUCGAAGCCCCAAAUCCCAAGACAGCUACCCAGGGUCCCCCAGCCUCAGCCCUAGACAUGGACCCAGCAAUUCCCAUCUGCACAGCACCGGAGCAGAAAGCCCAAGCUGUAGCAAUGGGGUCACAUCCACCAAAAGCAAACAGAGUCACAGUAAAUACCCAGCCCUGAGCUCCUCAUCAUCGUCAUCAUCAUCCUCCUCCCCUUCGUCAAUCAACUACUCUGAAUCCAACUCCACAGACUCCACCAAAUCCCAGCAGCACAGUAGUACAAGUAACCAAGAGACCAGUGACAGUGAGAUGGAGAUGGAUGCAGAACAUUAUCCCAAUGGAGUGCUAGAGAACUCAUCCACCCGAAUCGUGAAUGGUGCCUACAAGCAUGAAGAAAUCCUACAAACAGAUGAAUCUAGUAUGGAAGAUGGGCGUCCUCGGCGACAGCUCUGCGGAGGCAACCAGGCUGCCACGGAGAGAAUUAUCUUGUUUGGCCGGGAGCUGCAGACCCUCAGUGAACAGCUGUGCCGAGAGUACGGCAAGAACCUGGCCCAUAAAGAGAUGUUGCAGGACGCAUUCAGCCUAUUAGCAUACUCCGACCCAUGGAACUGCCCUGUUGGUCAGCAGCUAGACCCUAUCCAGAGGGAGCCUGUGUGUGCAGCCCUCAAUAGUGCUAUUUUAGAAUCUCAAAACCUGCCAAAGCAGCCCCCACUGAUGCUCGCCUUGGGCCAAGCAUCCGAGUGUCUUCGGCUUAUGGCCCGAGUUGGCCUGGGCUCCUGUUCAUUUGCCAGAGUUGAUGACUAUUUGCACUAGCCACCUGAGUAAGAGGGGAGCGCCAUCCCACCGAGCUGCCCCAGCCUGGCCCCUGGGCUCUAGCUGGCCUUCUCCAUGCUGCCUCUCCUCACCCUGGGCUAGCCCAAGAACUCAGGGCUAACCUUAUCCUCUCAUUAUUAUCAUGGCCCCUUCUCACACAUCUGUCUCAGAGACCUGGAAGCUGCUGGCAGAGUUAGAUCUUCCUCCUCCCUUCUUUCUCUCUCUCCUCUUUCUCCCUCCCUUUUCCAUUUUCUUCUCCAUCCUUCUCUCAACCUCUCCUUGACUCUUCCAUCAUGCGCAGCAACAGCAGGGACAACACACACAGUAUUUUGGCUGGUUACCCUAAUGUAGCUCCUUCCACUCUUAGGAGACGUUGUUGGGGGGAGGCAGAGGGAGUUGGUUGUUUUUGGUUUUUUAUCUAUAUUUUUUCUGACUGAGCCACCAGUAUUUAUCUCUGGAGAGUUUGUGCUGAGCUGGUUUCUGCUAAUUUAGUGAUGAUAAAGCUCAUCCAAGUUGGUGAUAGCUUAUUAUUUUCUUAAGUAAAAAAAAAAUGAGAUUAUAUAUAAAUAUAUAUAUAUACAUAUAUAUAUAUAUAAACAAACACAGUAUUUAUCAUAGUGCUAGUUGUCUGGACACUUUGGGGAGAGGCAGUCCAGACAGUGUAUGUUUUUAGGGGGAGGGGGAGGUCCCACUCACUAAAAAGAAACCAUCUCUGUCACCUCAACCAAGUUGUUCAUUUCUUUCCACCAUGUCCCCAGCUGAACUUCCAAACCAUAAAGUCAGUUGAAGAAAACACAGUAGGAACUUUGUUGUGUUGGAUGUGGCCAGAGUUAGGGAAGAAGAGCGAGGAGCCUGCGGUGGUUAGGUACUUGAUCAGGAAAUGUAGAGUGGACCAGGGACUUGUCCAGCUUAUCUAUUCCAGCACCCUCAUUUCACAGAUAAGGAAACGGCCCCUGAAAGAGAAUGUGACCUGCCUAAAGUUACACAGUAAGUAGCAGAUCCAAGAUUCACUCACCAGGUCUUCUGGCCUAAGAGUGUCAGACUGAGGAUGUCCGCCAGGGUGGGGCAGGAGCAGGCCUUGGGGUCAGGCCGAGGCAGCCAGGGAAAAAGGGGCCCUGGGCCCUGGAGGUUGUGGAGGCUGGUGAGACUCCCUUUAUCAGGAUGUAGUCAUGAUAGCAUUAUAACCUAUAUCUGUGGGGGAAAGUGGUAGAAACUUAGAGAAGUGGGUCACACAUUUUCUGAGAAAGGGCCAUAGGCCCGGGCUUAAAGCAUUACUGAAUCCAAUGAACUGCAGGUUAAUUGUUUUUGAGAGGCAGCAGCCACCUUGGGUUGGUUUACUUUUUUUUUUCCCUUUAAAGUUUACUUUGAAGUCUUGAAUUUUUUUUUUUUAAUGGCUAUUCUUGGCAAAAUGAGAUUUUGAGGAACAUGGUCCUUUUUGCAGAACCAUCAUGAGGUGGAGUUACUGAAUUCUCGGUGAGUAUGGAAAUCAUGUUCAGGAGUUUAGUCCAGGGUCUUUAUUCUGCAGGAGAGGUCAAUAGUGAGUAAGUAGUCUAGGGGAUUCCACCUGAAGGGAUCAUCUUUAGCCUUUGACUCUAGUCCUACCCCUGAAGUUUGUCUCUGUCUGCCUUUAAAACAGUGGAAGAAAAGAAACUCUUCUUACUGAGUUCCAAAUGCCUUGAUACAUGAGCUGGCCAUAUGCUAAGGCUAUCCCAAGAAGUCUAAAGAUGAUGAUUUUUCAGGGGAAAUAGAUCUUUCCAUUUAUUAGACAAGAAAAGAAAACCGUCCUUGGAAAGGGGAAUGUGAUUGGCCCAAGUUCUCUUGCCUUCAGAAAAGAGAGCCUUCUCCUUCCGGACCAGGGAUGACAGCAGUUCAGCAUCAGGAAUUAGGUGUUUCAGUCCCAAAGAGACUUCAGGGGCUUCUGGAUGGAGAGGAGGGGGAUAACCAUGUCCUGGAGUUAUCUCUUGUAUGGGCUGCCCAGAAGCCAGCUGUGGUGGCUGCCACAUGGGUACCAAUGUCAGAUUUCAGGAUGCACCCCUCCUCCCAUUCCUUGUAAUGCUUCCCCGAGCAGAUCCUGGUGCUUUUGUCGGCCCUGGCCUGCCUGCCAACAUUGUGCUUCCCAGUUCAGAGAGUUCUCUGGAAAGACUGUCAGUUUGCUUCUGGGGAGUUCGACUGUCAGUCCUGGCCCCCUCUAGCUUCCCCUGCUGAGGACAAGGAGGGUCUCAGCUGCAGAAGCUCCUCUUUCCAUCUGUGCUGCAAUUUCCUUUCUCACCUCUAGCUCUGCCAUGGUCUUCUGGUGAACUCUGGUGGCCUUU